CAUACAUAAGACAAACAUAACCUCAAUCUGGCAGGUGUUAAAGGCUUUGUGCAGCAGAUUUUUAAAAAUGAAUGGAAAUUUAGUAGAAAAUGAAACCUGUUGUUUGUGUAAAACUGCUCUCUUUGCUGGAAGUUUUGACCUGAAUUCAAACUUUACAAAACGUUCAAAUAAGCUCCUCUGUUCUUAUUUAUCGGAUAUCGUUCACCACAACAUUGUUUUCCGCAACAGUAUUAUCUGCACAAACUGUAAACGACUUCUUGAUGACUUAGAUGUUGCCGAAGCUUGCUUUAAAAAAUUACGAGAUACUGUGUGGAACUAUUUAGAAUAUACAGAGCCAUUGAAACUUAACACUUACACGCAGACUGACAGUUUUGAUGAUAACACUGGGGUACAACCUCUUGUUAAGCUAGAAGAGGAUUUUCAAUGUACUAUUUGCUCAAAAAGCUUUGCUUCUAGUCACAGGGUAGAGAUGCAUUAUAUAAAAGUUCACGGUACGAAAACUGAAAAUACAAAUACAGAAAAGACAACCAAAGAAAAUGUGGGGAGUGAAGAGUGUGAGAAAAUUAAGGGUAUGUUAAAACCGUAUCGGUGCACUGUGUGCCCGAAAACGUGGAAAACUUUAGGUGAAUUGAGAAACCACACGUCAUCUCAUAGUAACGAACGUCCGUUUGUGUGUGAAAUCUGUGGACAGUCUUAUAAACAAAAAAGUGCUUUAAACGUCCACGUGGGGAUGCAUAACGGAAUUUAUCCAUUCACAUGUAUAUACUGCGAAAAAACAUUCACUCAAAAAGGCGCACUGCAAAGACACCUCCCACUUCAUACAGGCGACACGCCGUAUCAGUGUGACGUGUGUGGAAAAAGAUUCGUGCAUCACACUUCGUUUAACAUUCACAAACUGUCGCAUACCGGCCAGAAGGACUACAAAUGCUCUCAGUGCAGUUUAGCUUUACUUUCGGCAUCUCACUUAAAAAGGCAUAUGCGGGUACACACAGGAGAGAAAAAGUAUGUGUGCAAGUUGUGUGACAAACGGUUUGCCGAGCGCUACAAUUUAGUGUCACAUCAGAAGCUACACCAGGAGACCAUUUCUGAUUCCACUCUCAAACGAAAUCACAGAUGCCCGUUCUGUGCACAGACGUUUAAUAGGCGAUUAAAAUUGGAUGAGCAUCUCGUUCAAGAUCAUCAGAAGAUUAUAAACUAAUUAUCUAUUUUUUUAUUAAUAUUAAUUAAUUACAAUGAUGAAUUGAA